GAACUUCGCAGGCAGGGGUCUGCUAACGCCACUCCCCUCGGCGCCGGGAGCCGGGCCGCCCGCCCGCCGCCUUUGUGCGCGCAGCCCCCGCGCUCGCCGGGGAGGCAACGUGCUCCGCGCCGCUCCCCGCCCCCGGCCCCUCCUGCCUCGCUGGGCUCUGCCUCCCCUCAGUCGUCUCGGUGGGUGGGGGGCUGGGGGGGGGUGACUGCCCUCCGCAGGGGAGCGGCAGCGGCAGCGGGUGUUCCCCUCCUCCGGGCAGGAUGGUGGACCUGGACAGCGAGGUGCCCCCGCUCCCCCCGCGGUACCGCUUUCGGGACCUGCUGCUGGGCGACCAGGGCUGGCAGAGCGACGACAGGGUGCAAGUUGAAUUCUAUAUGAAUGAAAAUACAUUUAAAGAGAGACUAAAGCUCUUCUUCAUCAAAAACCAAAGAUCAAGUCUGAGAAUACGAUUAUUCAAUUUUUCUCUCAAGCUACUGAGCUGUUUCUUAUAUAUAAUUCGCGUACUCCUGGAUGAUCCUACACAAGGACUUGGAUGCAAGGACUUAAACCGGAGUUGUUCCAAUCAAAACUACACAUCUGGAACAAUUGAUUGGUCUCCUAUUAUUUGGGUGAAUCGAAGCUUGCCUUUGUGGGGAUUACAGGUUUCUGUGGCUUUAAUAAGUCUCUUUGAAACUCUGUUGCUGAGUUAUCUAAGCUACAAGGGGAAUAUCUGGGAACAAAUUCUGAGAAUACCCUUUCUCCUGGAAAUAAUUAAUGCUGUCCCUUUCAUCAUCACGAUUUUCUGGCCAGUCCUAAGAAACCUGUUUAUUCCUGUAUUUUUAAAUUGUUGGCUGGCAAAGCAUGCUUUAGAGAAUAUGAUUAAUGAUCUUCACAGAGCCAUACAACGCACACAGUCUGCAAUGUUUAACCAAGUCCUCAUUUUAAUAUCUACAUUACUAUGUCUUAUCUUCACUUGUAUUUGUGGAAUUCAGCAUCUGGAACGAGCAGGAAACAGGUUGACUCUCUUUGACUCCCUUUAUUUCUGCAUAGUGACAUUUUCCACUGUGGGCUUUGGGGAUGUUACACCCAAGAUAUGGCCUUCAAAGCUGCUUGUUGUCAUUAUGAUCUGUGUUGCUCUUGUGGUGUUGCCCAUACAGUUUGAACAGCUGGCAUAUUUGUGGAUGGAGAGACAAAAGUCUGGUGGUAACUACAGUCGACACAGAGCUCAGACGGAAAAACAUGUUGUGCUGUGUGUUAGCUCUCUGAAGAUUGACUUACUUAUGGAUUUCUUAAAUGAAUUCUAUGCUCACCCCAGAUUGCAGGACUAUUAUGUCGUUAUUUUGUGUCCUACUGAGAUGGAUGCUCAGGUCCGAAGGGUGUUACAAAUCCCAAUGUGGUCCCAAAGAGUUAUCUAUCUGCAAGGCUCAGCACUGAAAGAUCAAGACUUGUUGAGAGCUAAAAUGGAUGAUGCUGAAGCUUGUUUCAUUCUAAGUAGCCGCUGUGAGGUGGACCGGACAGCAGCUGAUCAUCAAACCAUUUUAAGAGCUUGGGCAGUUAAAGACUUCGCUCCAAAUUGUCCUUUGUAUGUCCAGAUACUGAAACCUGAGAAUAAAUUCCACAUCAAGUUUGCAGAUCAUGUUGUGUGUGAAGAGGAAUUCAAAUAUGCAAUGCUAGCUUUAAAUUGUAUAUGCCCAGCUACCUCUACAUUAAUCACACUGCUGGUUCAUACAUCUAGGGGACAAACAGCCCCAUGGGAAGCUUUUAGACAGCUAACUGGAACCAAGCAGACUUUAAACAGGGAGAGUCAGCAAUCGCCGGAACAAUGGCAGAAAAUGUACGGCAGAUGCUCUGGUAAUGAAGUGUAUCAUAUUAACCUGGAAGAAAGCACAUUUUUUGCUGAGUAUGAGGGGAAAAGCUUCACAUAUGCUUCUUUCCAUGCACAUAAAAGGUUUGGAGUCUGUCUGAUUGGUGUUAGAAAGGAAGAUAACAAAAACAUUUUGCUGAAUCCAGGUCCUCGAUAUAUCAUGAGUUCUACAGACAUAUGCUUUUAUAUAAAUAUCACCAAAGAAGAGAAUUCUGCUUUUAAGAAGCAAGAAAAGCACAGAAAAAACCAUGAAGCAAAAUUAUCUUAUCAUGGAACUUCUAGGUUACCUGUACACAGUAUAAUAGCCAGCAUGGGGACAGUGGCUAUGGAUUUACAAGAUACAGGAUGCCGAACAUCCAGCGGACCUACGCUAGCUCUUCCUUCAGAGGGAGGUAAAGAGGGCAGAAGACCCAGUAUAGCACCUGUUUUGGAGGUUGCAGACUCAUCCUCACUUCAGACAUGUGACCUGCUAAGUGACCAGUCAGAAGAUGAAACUACCCCAUCAGAUGAUGAAGUCUCUGCAGGCUUAGAGUAUGCCAAAGGCUAUCCUCCUUACUCUCCAUAUAUUGGUAGCUCUCCCACAUUCUGUCAUCUUCUGCAUGAAAAAGUACCAUUCUGUUGUCUAAGACUAGAUAAGGGAUGCCAACAUAACUACUAUGAAGACGCCAAAGCCUAUGGAUUCAAAAAUAAAUUGAUUAUAGUUGCAGCAGAAACUGCUGGAAAUGGCUUAUAUAACUUCAUUGUUCCACUCAGAGCUUAUUACCGGCCAAGGAAAGAACUAAAUCCCAUUGUAUUACUUCUGGAUAACCCCCUAGAUGACUUACUAAGAUGCGGGGUCACCUUUGCAGCUAAUAUGGUGGUGGUGGACAAAGAAAGUACAAUGAGUGCCGAGGAAGACUACAUGGCAGAUGCUAAGACUAUUGUAAAUGUUCAAACACUCUUUAGGUUGUUCUCAAGCCUAAGCAUUAUCACAGAACUAACUCACCCAGCCAAUAUGAGAUUCAUGCAGUUCAGAGCCAAAGACUGCUAUUCUAUCGCUUUAUCCAAAUUAGAAAAGAAAGAGCGGGAGAAGGGAUCUAAUCUGGCGUUUAUGUUUCGACUGCCCUUCGCUGCUGGCAGGGUUUUCAGCAUCAGUAUGUUGGAUACACUGCUUUAUCAGUCAUUUGUGAAAGAUUAUAUGAUUUCUAUCACAAGACUUCUGCUGGGACUUGAUACCACACCAGGAUCUGGGUUUCUUUGUUCUAUGAAAAUCACAGAAGAGGAUCUAUGGAUUAGAACAUAUGCCAGACUAUAUCAGAAACUUUGUUCUUCUACAGGAGACAUUCCAAUUGGAGUCUAUAGGACAGAAUCCCAAAAGCUUACAACAUCUGAGUCACGAGAAAUGGCUUCACAAUCUCAAAUCUCUAUCAGUGUGGAAGAAUGGGAAGACACUAAAGACACCAAAGAACAGAUUAGUUAUCGUAGUAAUCAUCGUAACUCAACAUCUAGUGAUCAGUCUGAUCAUCCCUUGUUACGACGAAAAAGCAUGCAGUGGGCCCGACGGCUGAGCCGAAGAGUACCAAGACACUCUGGUAAAACAGCUGAGAAGAUAAACCAGCAGCGAAUGAACCUUUACAGGAGGUCAGAAAGGCAGGAGCUUGCUGAACUUGUGAAAAACAGAAUGAAGCAUCUGGGCCUUUCUCCAGCAGGAUAUGAUGAAAUGAAUGAUCAUCAGAACACCCUUUCUUACAUCCUCAUCAAUCCUUCUCCAGAUACAAGAUUAGAGCUGAAUGAUAUAGUAUACUUGAUCCGACCUGAUCCAUUGGCUUAUGUUCCAAAUACUGCACCCAGCCGAAAAGACAGCUUCUGCAAUACAGUGGGACAAGACACAAGGGAGGAAACACAACUUUGAUAUGUAACUCAUCACAAAAAUAAGAGACAAUUUUAUAUACGUUGUUUCCACUAACCAUUUUGAAAACCAAGUGGUACAUUUUAUUCAGAUUUUGGAAACAAAAUGACAGUGGGUAAGUGACCAAAUUCAGAAGCGUGGUAUCAAGCUUGUGGCCUGUUCAAUAGGGUAGUUGAACUUUGCCAGUUUAACAGAAUUAUGAUACCUAUUACUAUUUAACCAACAUGAACAAGUUAUUUUAGAAGUGAUAGAUUCCAUCAUGCGUUUUGCUUAGAUGCUUCUAAGCAUAUUUAUCAAGGUGACAGCAUGUCAAUGACUAAGCUUCUGACCUACAUCAGUAAAGAUUAUCUGAUGCCCAUAGAGAGACCAUGCAUAAUCUGUGGUAGAAAAAUACGUUAAUACCUGAAGGCAUCAAUGAGGCUUUGCACGUCAAGAAUCCAGCCUUUGAAAGAAUUUUCAGUCUCAGCCUAUCACCCAUUUAUAUUAGAACAGGCUAGUUCCAAUUCCAUUUUAGCCUGCAGGACUUGAGUGUUAGUUCUCUGGGUUUACACAGAUAAGGUUGCGAUGACACAGCCUUGUCACACCAUAGAGGUUAAGAGCUGAGGCAUAUCUACUGAAAGAUUAGCUCAGAGGAGCCCACUUGGAGGAAAGUCCCUAUCAUCUCACACAGGCAGCCCCCCACAUUUGCAAAAACUGGGAAGGUACUACCUGUGUGAAACUGCAAACAAUAGUAGCUCAGGUGAAAUAUAAUCCUUUUAACCUUAGAGAUUUUGUCAACGGUAGCCUGAAUAGAUUGCAAUACAAAAGUGAGAGCAUCCCUCUAGAAAAUUAUUUAUACAAGUCUUUCCCAUUUCCAUGAAUAUGCCAGAACUGCAACUGUCCAAAGUAUGUACAUGCCCAGCCAUUCAGAUUACCCAAAUGUAGUACAUUUUCAUAUGAAAUUAUGUAUCACACUGAAAAUUAAGGAAAUUCAUGAUCCAUUCCAUAAAGCAAGUGUAAUACCACUUUAUGUGAAAAGGCACCAUGGAUUUGAAGAGUCUGUUUUCACAUUAAGUACAGAAGAAAGCAUCUGCUAGUAUAUGAAACGUCUGAAGCUGCUACAGCAUCUCUAGUCUACACAUACAAGAAUGCCACAAUUGGUCAAGCUUUCUACAGAAUUAAGAAUGGCUGCACAUGGUCUUCCAAAAAAAUCACAAUCUUGCUGUGCUGUCUGUCACAAAGGGGGAAGAGCAUGCUUAAGGUAAAAACCCUACUGUUACAAUUGUCUAUAUAGAACUGGUACAAGGAAUUUGGCAGGUAGUCUGGAGACAGCCUGACAGAUGGAAAAACUGAUUAUUCUUUACAUUCCCUUGAUGUCCUACAUGUACAAAAAUUCAGUCAAAAUUGUUUAUAUUCUCUUCUAUAUUAUUUGUAGAAAAGCUACAAUUUAUUUCUGAAAAAUAAAACAACAAGUUGCCCCGUGAACAACUCA